AAACUUGGAGGCACACCUCUCGAGCAGUGGCUGCGCAGUUAGUGCGGUUUGAUAGGAACAGUAAGAACUAGGAGCCAUAUCUGUUUUUUACACUGAUAGAAGGAGCGGCCCGACCUCGUCCUCUGUCGGAUUUGCUUCGUUAUCGCAGGGCUUUGGCGCAGGGAGACCGUGGAGACGGCUUGGUUGUUAGGGAGUGCGGCGACCCGCUUGUGACCGAAGUACGUGCGCGGAGUGAUAUCAACAUUUGGGCGCACAGCCGCUUAGCUGCGGGAAGAGCGAGCUGAUAAACCAACGGACGACUGAAGGGAAGACAGCGGCGGUCUGCUGAGCUAAUUUAUCUACGUAUAAAUACAGUACUCCCAUUAAAACCAAACAAUAAAGAUGGCUGAUCAACUAACUGAGGAGCAGAUCGCUGAAUUCAAGGAGGCGUUCUCGCUGUUCGAUAAAGAUGGCGAUGGCACCAUCACCACCAAAGAAUUGGGGACAGUUAUGAGGUCUUUGGGCCAGAACCCUACAGAGGCAGAGCUUCAGGACAUGAUUAAUGAGGUUGAUGCUGAUGGUAAUGGGACGAUUGAUUUCCCUGAGUUUCUCACCAUGAUGGCAAGGAAGAUGAAGGACACGGAUAGCGAGGAGGAAAUUAGAGAAGCCUUCAGAGUUUUUGACAAGGAUGGAAAUGGCUACAUAAGUGCUGCGGAGUUGCGUCACGUUAUGACAAACCUUGGUGAAAAGCUGACUGAUGAGGAAGUAGAUGAGAUGAUUCGAGAGGCAGAUAUUGAUGGUGAUGGCCAGGUCAACUAUGAAGAGUUUGUCCAAAUGAUGACUGCAAAAUAAAAUCCAAAGGACUACAGCAGACCAAACAGUGGGCAGCACUCUCACUGUCAGUGUUCAACAAGCAUUCACAACCAUUCUCCUACUGCUUUCCAUUAGUUAGUUCUCUUCUUCCCUUUCCUCUUUCCUUCAUUUGAGCUUUCCUCUGCUUUGCCUGUUUUUUUUUUUAUAAAACCUCAACUUGUCAACUCAUUUUCCAUGUCUUCACUCCCAUUUUAUUAUUAUUGAUUGGUUUUCAAGGGAAAAAUAUUAACAUAUACACUAAGUUAUGAAGCGUACAUAUGGUGAUGACAAUGUAAUACAUGUAUCAAUAUUUUAAAGAUUAUAUAACAUACUAUAUGGCAAAGAGCAAUGCAUGCUUUAUUUCAUUUGGCAUGUUUCUGUGCUUCUCUGCUUGCCUCUUUUUCUAACUUGCUAGCUCUUCCUUUAAUUGCAUGUUUCUCAUGCAACCUCUGCUCAGUGGUCUUAGAACUGUAUGGUGAACAACCAUUCAUGGAUAUCAGGGGCUUUUAACGACAAAAAAUGGUCCAAAAAUGUCCACGUACUGUUAGUCUAAUAGCUGCGGUUUAUUGUGGGUGUGUAGUAACUGCCCAGAACAGACGCUGAAGUUAAGUAGAAGAUGGUUUGGCUGUGGGUAGUUGAGGAAUUAAUAAGGGACCAAAGUUUGCUAGGAACUGUACUAAUUUAAAAUGUCCCGUUCUUUAAAAAGGAGGGAGGCGGAUGUUAACUACAGGGUUUUAGUUCUGAACACAGGCCUGAAUUUCCAAGUUUCUUUUAAAAGCCCGGUUAGUCCUGUCCCAAGCAAAUGCCAUCCAUCUGUUCUAGACUAUAGAGGUUUAAUGGGUCUUUUCAGAGAGGACUUCCCAGCUGUCCAGCUGUUUUUCUACAGAUCGAAUUUAGUAGUUUGGAGCGCUUGCGGUGUGAAGUUUCGUACUGAAGAUGUAGAAUAAUUUAAUCAUGUCAACAUAUGGUCUUACAUUUUGAUGCUGCACUGUGUCCAACCACGCCAUGUAGCUUAUUCAGUGUGUACCAUUUCUGGAUUUCAGUUCGUGAUUCUUCCUGCAGGGUGUUACCUUUGUAUGUUAUGCUGGGAACAUGGAUCCUGUCUCUGGAAAAAUGCUUGGAAAUGGUGCAGUAUAGGUGGUUUCUCUGAUCCAUGAUGGUGGUGUAUGUAGUUUUUGUUUAAUAGAGUGGGAAGAACUUUCUUACUGGUUCAGGCAAUUCUGAUUUUUGUUUCAGUUUACUACUCAACAAAGGAAACAAAAACCUGGAUUCUUAGUGGGGCCCUGAGGGCCACCUUGUAAACCACUGAUUUGGAGCAUUCCUACUACAUUAGCAGUGUAAUGGAAAUAGUUACCAUGCUCAAAGAUUGACGCAUUAAACCGAAUUUGCAUGUGCACAUAUUUGCACAUGCAGUGUGUAUACAAGUUGCUAGGCUAAAUUUAAACUGUAGUAACAUGCAAUAAACUUGCACAAUCAACCUAUUUUCACCCACAUUGUCAGCAUUUUAUCCUUUGCAGUUUUACAUUUACCCUCUCAUUCCAGUUUUUGACAGUCACCUAUUGUCACUGCACCAGGUUAGAGGCUGUAGCACUUGCUCAAUGUUCUCAGCAAUAACAAAAGUUAGAAAUAAGUUAAUGUUAUCUUGGUUGUAAAUGUCCAGUAUAAGAUGGAGAAGCUUACAAAAGCAGCACCUGCAGGAAGAAUUAUACGCUUGUAAUGUUGCAUCCACUAUACUAACUUUUUUUUCUACUGUUAUGAAUGUAUUUUUUUAUGUCAUUUUAUCUGUCUUAUUCAAAUGGCUGAUUUACCAGAGCAAGUAAGUUUAAGUUUGGACUGAAAAUGAAUUUCACUGAGGAAUCUCUCAUUUAGUCCAGCAUUAGGCUAAACCUCUGGAAAAUCACCCAUCUUUUUUCCCUGCUCAUAACUUCAUUUAGGGAAGGUUAAGUUAUGCGUUCCAUUGCAGAACUGUUAUUCUUGCUAAAUAAACUUCUGGGACUUGUGUUUCUA